AUGAGUGAGAAAACAGUCAAGCAAAUGCUGAAAAUGAUGUCUGAAAUUCACCUUACACAAACCUUUGUGAACAAGUAUCCUAUGGACGUCGUGAAAUCACUCAAAGGGAAGUUCCUUGCCUCGAACCACUUCAAGGCUGCGAACUUCUUCGUGAGCCUAUACGAGCAGAAUGCAAGACCUCGGCCUGUGACAAUAGCGCCACUUGACGGAGAAAGGACACAAGACAGCGCACAGGAAACAUGUGAAAUCCAGAAAAAGAAUGAAGCAGCAACUCAAGACACUCCUACUAACACCCAACCAAAAGCCGAUACUGAGAGUGAAAUGAAGCCAGCUGAUGCUUCUUUCAGCUCUUUGAAUUCUCAGAUAAGCGAUGACGUCAAUAGUGCUCAAUCUGCAGUAGAGAUCGAUCAAAAAACAAGUGUGGUUAUACAGCGAUUACGAGAAUUUGCAUGGCUAUGCGACCAAUCAACUGCAGAGCAGCUUCUGAACGAUUUCAACACUCUGCCCCAACCGGACAUGAAUGCAUGUAAAGCAUGUUGCGAGCCGCAAAAUCUCAAAAAGAACCGCUACAGUAAUAUUCCAUGUAUCGACACCUCAAGAGUUCUCCUCAACUUCCGACGUCCUGAAGUCGGCUAUGGCUAUAUUCAUGCGAAUCGGAUUGAAUAUCCAACGCUCAGAAGCAAAUACAUAAUAACUCAGGGCCCGCUACCAAACACGGUGAAUGCAUUCUGGCAAAUGAUUUGGCAAGAAAAUGUCCGCAGCAUAGUGAUGUUAUGUCAACCUAUCGAACAAGGAAAGCGUAAGAGCGCAGAAUACUUCAGCCCCAUUUGCGAUAUGACACUGAGUUACGAUCAAUUGAAUGUGGUUCUGAAGGAAAGAAAGUGGGAAGACUCGCUCAUUAUAUCAACACUUGAAAUCGAAUACCUGCAAGAGUCCCGCCAAAUUACACACUAUCACUGGAGGGAUUGGAAAGACUGGACAGUGGGUUUUGCCACCAUUGCUAAUAUGUCAGAAAGAGUUAUCAACAUUUGCGAUAUGACACUGAGUUACGAUCAAUUGAAUGUGGUUCUGAAGGAAAGAAAGUGGGAAGACUCGCUCAUUAUAUCAACACUUGAAAUCGAAUACCUGCAAGAGUCCCGCCAAAUUACACACUAUCACUGGAGGGAUUGGAAAGACUGGACAGUGGGUUUUGCCACCAUUGCUAAUAUGUCAGAAAGAGUUAUCAAGUAA